AUGGCUCCAACAAUGCAAGUGGAAGAACUGACCUUGUCUUCCUCGGCGACCUCUCUGAGGGCCAGCAACUCUGAUUCCGGAGCCAAAUGCAGCUUCGCCGUCCCCGCUGCAUCCACCGGGGACGUGGCCAUACGUUCCGAGAGCUGUCUCCAGUGUAAACAGGCGCUACACAACACCAAGACGGUGAUCCCUGAAGCUUCUUCUGUGUUCAAAGAAGCACUCGACAAGUUAAACUUGGAGAAGGCACAAGAUGACUGCAAGAAAGAGAAUGUACAAAAAGACGACAAGACGUUAUCGUCGCAGCCAGCCGGCACCACCCAGACUUCCUUUCUUACCAAACUGAAAUCAGCCUUCAAGCCCAGCCCUUCCGGAUCGCCUCGUCUGUCACCUUGUCGUUCCGAAGGAGUGCCUUCAAAAACCUCAGCUGUUGUGAAACCAGUCCGGCGUCCAGCAUCUUUUGGCGGGUCAGAUGGGAUUAAACUCAGUGCCGGACGACGGUCAAGUCAGUUUGAGAAACGGGUUUCCUGGGCGGACGAGUACGGUUCAAACCAUCCUCUGUUCUCUGUAAGGUUAAUACGACCCCGUCUGUCAGUGGACAACAACCACUGUGGACAGAGCACGCCCGGGCACUCAAUUCUGCGGACCACUGGAAUUUGUUGA